AUGGGCAACACCAGCUGGACCAGUGUGUCCCAUUUUGUUCUCUUGGGUAUUUCUACUCACCCAGAAGAACAGAUCCCACUCUUCCUUCUUUUUCUACUCAUGUACACAAUCAACAUUUCUGGCAAUUUUGCACUCAUCAUACUUAUUAUCUCCACUCCUCACCUUCACACCCCCAUGUACCUCCUCCUCAGUAACUUGGCCUUGGCAGACAUCUGCUUCACCUCCACCACGGUCCCCAAGAUGCUGCAGAAUAUAUUUUCCCCUACAAAGGCCAUUUCCUACAUGGGCUGCUUGGCCCAGACCUAUUUCUUCAUUUGCUUUGCAGCCAUGGAAAACUUCCUCUUGGCUGUGAUGGCCUAUGACAGGUACAUUGCCAUCUGCCGCCCGCUCCGCUACCCCAUGAUCCUGACAGGAAGGCUGUGUGCACAGAUGGUGGCCGUAUGCCACGUCCUCUCCCACCUUCAUGCCCUGCUGCACACCUUUCUCAUGGGCCAGUUGGCCUUCUGUGCGGAUAACAGGAUCCCCCACUUCUUCUGUGACCUCUACCCUCUGAUGAAGAUCUCCUGCACCAGCACCUACCUGAACACCUUGAUGAUCCAGACAGAAGGUGUGAUUGUCAUCAUUGGAGCGCUGGCCUUCAUCAUGGCCUCCUAUGCCUGUGUCAUUUCAGCGGUCCUCCAGAUCCCCUCAGCCAAUGGCAAGUGGAGAUCCUUUUCUACCUGUGGCUCCCACCUCUCUGUGGUGGCCUUAUUCUAUGGCACCCUCACAUGGGUCUACUUCCGGCCCCUUUCCAGCUAUUCGGUGACUAAGGGUCGCAUUGUGACAGUCAUGUACACUGUGGUGGCUCCCAUGCUGAACCCCUUCAUCUACAGCCUGAGGAAUGGUGAUAUCAAAGGAGGUUUACGGAAAUGGAUGAGACUUUUUUUUUCUUUCGAUAAAACCUCAAAACACAGUUCUGAGUUUUAA